AUGGCGUCUGAUGGCCGAAAUCGUCUAAGCACAUUUUGGACUCCUACUCAAACCCGAAAGGCAAACGCAGAAGAUACCAGCGAUCAUGGCCACGACUUGCUCCUGCGGGCUGGCUUCCUCCGCCAAGCUCACAGUGGGAUUUUCCAUCUAUUGCCCCUGGGACUUCGCGUACAGGACAAGAUCGAGCGUCUGAUCGACAAGCACAUGCAAAGCGUCGGCGCAUCGAAGGUCUCCUUAUCUUCCCUGUCAUCACAGGAGCUAUGGCAGAGGUCUGGACGUCUCGAUGGCCGCAACGCUGAACUGUUCCACAUUGAAGACAGAAAGGAGGCUGGGUAUCUACUGGCACCAACUCAUGAAGAAGAGAUUACGAUGAUCGUCAAGAACGCUGUCCAUUCGUACAAAGAUCUCCCACUGCGGCUCUAUCAAGUCUCUCGAAAGUAUCGGGAUGAGGCGCGACCAAGACAAGGCCUACUGCGUGGAAGGGAAUUUGUCAUGAAAGACCUUUACACAUUUGAUGUGAACGAGGCGCAAGCGCUGGAGACGUAUGAGAGCGUCCGCGCUGCUUAUAGAGCUUUCUUGGACGAGCUGAACCUGCCCUAUCUGGUUGCCACUGCAGACUCUGGCAACAUGGGUGGCAAUCAUAGCCACGAAUAUCACUUUCCAUCACCAAAGGGCGAAGACACGGUAAUCAGCUGUGCCAGCUGUAGAAUGACUAUCAACGAGGAGUUGUUCCGAGGCCAAUACAAUCCAGAUCAUGUGGAUUCUCGGAUCGACCAGAAUGCCCAAAUUCCUUUCCAGGUCUGGCAUGGAUAUAAGCCAGUAGAAAAGGCUCCCCAACGGCUUCGCGAAGUAGCCAAGAGCGAUGAUCAGGAGCCUACCGAGACAAGCGAGACCGAAGCAAAUGUCACAGCGGCCCCCACGAUUGUGGAGGUCUUCCUUCCCAAAGGGCCCUUCGAGCCGAACAUUCACGCCAUCAAGGAUCUGGUGCCGGGAAUAGAUACCAGCCAGUCUUCGGAUAUUGCGGACUUGAAGCAACUCCUCAACAAGGAGGCGGCACAAGGGAUGUCAAAUGGUCACCUACAACCCGAAAGAGUCACUCUUCUAGAUCCGAGGUUGUCCGUGCAAUCCGUCGAAUCCAGUGCAGAGUACUGGGCAAAGCAUCCCUUGUUUACUGGGCUACCGGGAAAAAUCGAGAAAGCGCCCUUCCUUCUAACCCAGGCACGACAAGAUGACCCUUGCCCAAAGUGUGGUGCUGAAGGAAGCCUUCACUUCGAGAAAGCAGUCGAGAUUGGGCACACCUUCCAUCUCGGAAGACGUUACAGCAAACCUUUGCAAGCGACGGUCAUGGACGAGAAGAGCAAGCAGGUCGAAAUCGAGAUGGGUUGCCAUGGCAUUGGCGUGUCCAGACUUAUUGCUGCUGCGGCCUCGCUGAUAGCAGAUGACAAGGGUCUGAACUGGCCGAAGGUUAUUGCGCCAUUUGGAGUCGUGCUGGUCGGCGCGGGCAGCACGCCCAAGGAAGAUGUUGUGUCGGUGUAUGACAGUCUGGGCGCGUUGCACGAAAGUGGCCUGGACGUGGUCAUCGAUGAUCGACAAAGACCAUUUGGCUGGAAACUGAACGACGCUGACCUCAUCGGGUUUCCGUUCAUCCUUGUCAUGGGCAAGGCAUGGAACGAGCGCCGCGCAGUUGAGUUGCAAUGUCGCAGACUCGGAUUGAAAGAAGAGAUUCCCGUGGAACUUGUCCCUAGCCAAAUCAAGGACUACAGCGAGAAGCUGUAG